AUGGAAGAGCUCGACGGCCACGCGCUUUACAGCCUGGGCUGCCGGGACCUGGCGAGGCUCGAGGCCUCGGCACCUGUUUGGCACCAGAAGGUCGUCCACAGUCGAAGCUGGGCGAUCUGCCUUGCUCGCGAGCUUCCAGCGAUCAGCUUGUCAGAAGUUUGUUUGGAAGCGCUGUCUGGCACGGGAAAGGCCGAGAUGAAGAAGGCUUUACAGCGACUCUUAACGUCCAAGCUCGGGCUCAUGGUGCAGAGCCAUUGGCUGGAAGACUCCGAUGAGUUUUGGCCUAUGGAGCCAUAUCCGAUGCUGCUCCGCACCAUUGAAGAGGUGGAGACGUUCUCCUUCAAAGUGGAGCAGGCGCGGGCACGGAUACUGCGCAACAUGCGGGCUGGCGCCGAGUUCUACGGCAUGAACCUGGUCCGCAUCGCCUGGCCUGCGCAGGACUGCGUCAGCCAUCCAAUCGUCUUCGACAGCUUGCACACGGCUUCCGGCGGCCAAAAAAUCGUUCUGCAACUCCAGUGGUCCUGCGACUCCGUGCAGUUCCGGGCCCUACCUGAGGAGCUCACCAUGGGAGUAUCGGGAGACGAGAUACGGAGUUCGCCCAACCCGGAGGUGCUUAUGUUGGACAUUUGGACCACCACCCAGAAGCCGCUGAUCUGCAUGAGGAGCGCCAUCGUGAAGGUUGACGGGCGAUGGUGGGAUGCGCACGGCAUCUGCGCUGGGCGAAUGGACAACGACGCCUUGUCGCAGACCCUCGAGGAGGGCGUGUGGUGCAUGCUGUGCAUGACCGACAUAACUUCAUCGCCCACUCAUCUGGAGCAGAGAGGCACCGGUGGCUACAGUUUCCUGAAUGGUUUGGGCUUGGAGGCUCUGUAG